AUGAGCCCGUUUCUUUUUGCUUUUGCUGUUUGGUGUGAUAGGGUUAAUAUUAGUCGCCCAGAUUACGCUGCUUUGCUCGAGGUAAUACACCUAGCACGUGACAACCCGGAUGUUUGGAAACACCUCCCAAAUACGCUCGACACCCUCCAAAACCAUUACCAGGCACAGAUACCCGCACCGCCAAUCUACGAGUGCAAGAUCGAUCUCAGAUUAGAUAAGAUGCCAACGGGUCAAUCAGGGGCUGGUAAAGCCUAUUUUUUUGACCCAAUCGAGCUGACACAGACGAUAUUACGCUCUAAGAUGAGGCAGCACAUGCAUUUUGGUAUGGCGCAAUUGGUGGAGGAGGCGUCAGAAUUGUGGCACGGAGAGGCUUGGGCGGAGUCUAUUCGCACGUGCAGUGGUGUAUUUGCUCGAUAUCCUGACGGCUCUCCCAUAUUUCCUUCUGAUUUUGUCACGUAUCGAGAGUCCAAUAUGCUGCAUGCUGGGCGUGUACGAUGCAUUUACCAAGACAUGCGUACCGCACCUACCGCCGGUGCACCUACCGCCGGUGCACCUACCACCGGUGCGCCUACCACACCCAAUAUCGUCGUAUAUUUAGAGCCCGUCAUGGGAUACGUCGAUUUGGCUGACGAUAUCAAGCCUUUGGUGACGCACCCACCACCCCACCCUGGAGAGUGCUUCCUAAUCGAGGACAUCAGGUUGAUAUCAGCCAAUCAGAUAUUCGCUAGAUUAGGUGAAAACGUCACAUUUGAUCGCGAUUUCCGUGACGACAGAGACCUCGCUGAAGAGGCUGAAUUGCUCGGCAGUCAAGAGGCUGCUAGAGAGGGUGCUAGGUUAGCACGUCAGGCAGCACGUCAAAACGCUGGUAUGCGGGUGAAUCAAGCCCAGGCACCAAAUCUGUAA